AUGGCAUCAGCUACUAGUGAUGGUCAGCCGUUCAUCUACCAGACCCAGCUGCCUGAAUCACAAUCACAAGCACAGUCCAACUUUGCAGACUGCGCCCACAGGACAGAAAAAACCACUAAUACCAAGCGUAUCAUUGUCUGCUGUGACGGAACAUGGAACAACUCUAACAAGAGGGGAGGCAUUCCUACUAACGUGGCCCGCCUGUCGUCUGCCAUUGCCCGCAAGUGCUGCACGGGCAUGCCGCAGGUCGUCUACUACCACCGAGGAGCCGGGACUGAGGAAUCUAAAGUUGCCCAGACUCUUGGUGGAGUUUUUGGGAAGGGCAUCGUUCAGGACAUCGCUGAUGUUUACCGCUUCGUGUGCGAUAACUAUAACCCAGGAGAUGAGAUUUUCAUUGUCGGAUUCUCCCGUGGAGCCUUUACCGCGCGAUCGGUCUCCGGAUUGAUUUGCAAUCUUGGGCUUCUGAACCGCGUCGGCCUAUCACAAUUUGGGGCAAUCUUCCACGACUACCAGACCUUCCCCAAUUGGAAGUACCCGGGGAGCUUUGACAAAGACGAGCAUUUGGUAGGCUUUACGCUUACCAAUUUCAUGCGCCGUAAGAAACAAAAAGCUUCUGAGAACGACAAGGUCGAGGAACGUGAGAGUGCUGCUCUAGAAGACGAGUUGAACGAGGAUAAAAGAGAAUUCUUCGAGAAAAUGACCACAUAUCGUGAAAACAGGAAGGGCUAUGGACCAAUGGAUCUCCGCAAGAUGGCUAAGGAAUACAGAAACAGACUUGAAAAGCACGGCAUGGUUCUUACCAAGUGGGAGACUCAAUUCCGAGAUGGCCAAUUGGGCCUCUUCCCGGUCCCUACGGACGUCAAUGUUAGAGCAGUUGCUGUAUGGGAUACUGUUGGAAGUCUAGGUUGGCCAAAAAUGCCCUGGGAGAAGGUCCGCAUAGGCCGCAGCGCUGAUGAGCUUCGAUUUGCAAGCCUCGACGUCAAUCCCAAAGUGGACUAUGCCUUCCAUGCUCUCGCACUGGACGAAUGGCGCACCGCAUUCAAACCGACAUUGUGGGGCAAGGACAAUAAUACACACACGCAGCUUCGACAGGUAUGGUUUCCUGGCAGCCACAGUAACGUCGGAGGAGGCUUCGAAGACCAACAAAUCGCCACUAUUGCACUUGCUUGGAUGGCGGACCAGCUUACCUCUGUCGGUGUUGAGUUCAGCACGCCUGAGAUGAAGCGGCUUUUCUACACCCUCACCCCUGGUGUCGAACCUCGACCAUGGGCAAUGGGAAAAAUUUCCAAUCCCGAGAAGGCCACUUCGAUCCCUGACGAAGCAUACAACGCCAUUUGGUACCCGUGGCAAAAGUUGAAGGGAGAUAACACUGUCUUGGGCACACGUACUCCGGGCUUAUACAAGACCGACGAUGGGAAAAAUAGGCUCGUGAAUCCUAACCAGCUCAUUCAUCCCUCUGUACGCAUCCGAUAUCUCUACGACGGCAAAGGUCUCGAUGACGUUGGGAUGUGGGAAUGCGCAGCCUUGAUGAAAAAUGGGUUUAGACUCGAGAAGAGUACAGAGCCACUUAAGAUCGUCGACCCAUACCCCAAGACUCCUAUUGCAUCGUCAUACGAAACGCUCACGGGCACCGUAUCAUCCGUCCACGGCGGCCAUACUAUGGACCUCGAAUCCCACAAGGGACACACACUUGUUGUCCAUCAGGUGCCGUUCGAAGCCGACCUCUGCCUUCUGGAACAAGCCGAGAAUCACUGGGUUUGGACCCGGGAUAACGCAAAAGAGGGUGCGCGAAUUUUGCACGAGGAGCGAAUCGGAAUCUGGGAACGUCUCUUCAUCGACAUCAAUCACAAGCUGGUGUUACGCCAAAAGCAUGAGGAAUUGAAGAGGGCCGAGAUCAAAGCUAAGCAGCCUGAAGAGAAGCAGACCUGGGGACAAUGGUUCAAGGAAAAGGCAGAGACAGCCAAGGGAGCUGCUGGAAAGGCGCUCAAUAACACCGUCGUCGGGAGAUUCCUUGGGCCAUCCGCCAGGCUCAAGCCUUUGGACUACCCCAAACAUUUUGGAUACCAUGACUUCGUUUCUUGGCAGCGAGGUGAUGUCAGGAAGACGCGGCUGCAAAAUCCUUGGGAGAAGAGUAACAAGGCUAGAGCAUACCAAGCUGACAGCAAGUGA